CGUCUGGCAAGACCCGUCGGCCAGACUUUAUCCGCACAUCACCGCAACUUCGACUUUGUAUAACGCAUCCGGCCAUCGAUGCCAUCAGCCGCGCCCAAGCUGCUUCAAGGCGAGGCAUCUGACUGUGUAAGACGAGGAUUAUCAGCAGAUGCUCUCAACCCCGGCGGACACCCAAGAAUAUCUCUCCAUACGCGCCUUCGAAUGACGAAAUCGGUUGCUAAAUGCCAACAUUAGGACCAAUCUCAAAAUCGCCAUGAGCCGACUCAGUUAACGAUACUAAAUUGCAAAUUUCUCAGUCUUUCAUCAAGCGGCAGCAUAAUUAUCAACCCCCAAAGCAAAGGAGUAAAUAUCUCCGUCAUUGAUCCAACACAGAUUGCUUUCACACUUCAUCAGAAACUCGUUUAGCGCCUACGCAAUGGCCGAACUCAACGAAAAUGAACCUUUCCACUGGGAUGUCGAGCGGGUGGUCAAAGAGCUAUGCACCCCGGAGCGUACAUGGGAUGCGCCUGCUCCGCAUAAGCUGCCCGACCCCGAACGCCUUGCAUUUAAGCUGCGCGAACUCGACAUCGAUGGAGAGACACUCUUGAUGUACCCAGACGAAUACGGUUGGCCUACGUUUUGGGAAAUGCUAGGCAUAAAAAAACUUGCCCACCAUUUAUCCAUCGGAAAAGCCAUCAAACAGUUUAGGGAGACUAGUACUCUUUACUAUCGACAAAGGAGGGAUAUCGACCUUCCGAAAGGUCUGCUGAGUACGACUCCGGCCAUCAAGCCGGAUCCUCUGGAUCCCUCUGAGCCGACACCUCCUCUUGUCGAUAAUUCCAUCCCAGAGCCAACUGCCGCGGCGAUCGAUGGCCCGGUCUCUGAGCCAAGUCCUGCGGGAGUCGGCAAUGCAGCUACGGAUGCAAGUCCUGCUAUAGUCAACAACACAGCUGUGGAAGCGAACUCUGUUAUGCUCAAUGAUGCCGCUUCCGAGCCAACUCCUGGUGUGGUCAGCGCUCCCGCUUCUGAGACUGCUCCUGUCAUGACAGGUUCUGCUGCCGUCGCGCCGACGCCGAUGGAGGGUGUCAUAAGUCAGCACGCCGCCCCUGCAGAGCAAGCGCAGGAUGUUCAAAUGUCCGGUAUUCCUGACCGGUCACCAGAAUCACCAGAGAAGCGCGCUUUAGGCAACGGCCUUCGGCAAGAUACCGAGGAGGUCUCGAGGGACCCGGAGCGCCCUCUUAAAAAGAGGAGGAUCGCUCCCACCAUUGUAUCGACAGUUGCCCCAGCUCAAGCGAGGUCAUUUAUCCCCACAGAAGGUGACAUGUUCUACCACCCUUUGCUCGAUAUUCCAUCCUCUCAGACUGGAGCCUCUCAGACUGGAGCCUCUCAGACUGGAGCCUCUCAGACUGGAGCUUCUUUCCGUUCAGCUACCCUUCCAACGAGCACCUUUCUUUCCGAUGCCAAUUUUGAUCGGUUUUUGGACGUCGAUGACUCAAAAUUCAGUUAUCUUGGGUCUUCCGCCUUGCGCUCCGAGGACAUAGCAAGUCUCCCGUACAACUUUGAGUCUGAUGACGACGGCGACGACAAAGAGGCUAGUGAGGAGUUCACUUGGGUCAGGUCUGGUGCGGUACCACCAGCGCGCGCCCUACAAGUGGCUCGGGUAAUGAGAAAAUUCUUCCGUAAACGCAGCCCUUUUGUGAAUGAGGACGAGGAGGUCGUCUUGGACUUUGGAGAGGACGAUGACGGCAUGUCGGUGGAUUCAGAAACAUACCGAGAGUAUGAACAGGAGGAGCAAGAACGGAAAGCUCACCAAAGCAUGCACGGGUCUACACAGCUCAGUGAAGUGCAGGCUGAGGAGGCCAUAGAAGAUGCUAUCCAGAGACUUGAAGUCAGCUGGGAAAAGAUCAAGAAGCCCAAAUUUGAAAGACGUGCCUGGAAGAUAUGGCAAGACGCCCGGCGAAACCGUACCCGUCUAAGCCUCAUUACCUUCGCGAAAAACCAGCUCAGAAGCCUCGAAGUCCGACUUGAAAAUAUGGAAAAAGAGCUUUUGAUUCAAAAAUGGUUUAAAGAGGACAAGAUCGAGGCCAAGGUUGAAGGGUUUUUGGAGGAGAGUGUCUACGACAGAAAAUACCAAACUUGGCUCCUUAACUUGCUCGAGAACCCUCAUGAGCCGCCCAAGCCUUCGACGCUUCCCAGGCUAAAGCCGGAACCCAAGAAAGAGAGAGAGACACUCGCAAGCGACGAAGAACUCUUAACGAGCGAUUCUGAAGAAGAGGACCAGUUUAUCGAGGACGAUCUUUCGCCAGUAGAUCAGAUGGUCAUUGAUCCAAAGGAAACUAUUCCAUCUAUCCGACCUAGCACGCCUGUCCGCCCCUUGAACCCAUCGACAGAAGAGAAUUCAACAAACCAAAUACCGGAAGAAGAAGCAGAAAAAGAAGAAGAUACUACUGCUCGACCCUCUGCGGUCGAUGAUGAGACAGGGACAGUGAAUAAGGUUGAGCCAACAACACCUCAACGCAUAAUUCAUACAAUCCCAGCAGAACCUAUCGAAAUUUUGUCCUCACCAUCCGACGUGGACCAGCUUGCCAACGUUCCUCCUCUCACUGAUGUUGAUACCAUCGGCAAACUUGGAACGCAGUUCUGGGCAAAGCACAGGGACGGCGAACGGCUUGUGAUUGCUGCUCUGUGGAGCUGGUCACCUUUGCGGCAGUCGGAGAUUUUUGAUACCAUUCAAGAUCGCGGAGACAAAGAGACAUGGAAGGAGCAUAUUCAACCACUCAUUGACCGAGCCGCUACCGGGAUCUCUAGGAUCGAUGUCGACCCGGACUCGAUCAGCCUCAUUCUGGCCCUUUUGUUUCUCACAUAUUCUGACUUUAGCGAAGGACGACUCAAGAUUAGAUCGACUACCCUUCGUUGCGUUACCUGCCAAAAGCUCCACCGGGAAUAUCUGCGGUUUGGAGAGUUUUUCAACUUUUUGCAGAAUUGCAUUCGCUAUUUUCGAUCCGAGCCCAAAUCACCCACUCCAAUGGAGAUGACCUCCGCUGAAUCCCCGGAGGCAACUCAAGAUAUACCUAUGGAUAUCACAAGCGAGUCUGAGCAUAUGGAUACAGACUUGGAGGAGCUGUCCUCCCAGUUCCCUCUGUCAUCUGCGAAGAAAGGCCGACGACCCAAACAUGACGAAAAGGCCAAAAAGCUCCGAGUCGAUUCCAAGGCAUUGUUGAAACAAAUGGACGAACGCCGUAAGCUGUUGCGGGCGAAACUUGCCGAAACUGGAUCAGUACCGAGUGACAAGUCACGUCUCAUCAUCAACGAAACCAAAGAAUCCGACGACCUUCCUUUGAUCUACGUUCAUGAGGAGAUUGGAGGGAGAAUUAAGGACCAUCAGAUAGACGGUGUCCGCUUCAUGUGGGACCAGAUCGUGGUUGAGUCAAACUCACGCCAGGGGUGCUUACUUGCCCACACCAUGGGUUUAGGCAAGACGAUGCAAGUUAUCACCUUGCUGGUUGCCAUUGCUGAGGCAUCUCAAUCCGACGACCCUCGGGUAGUUGCCCAGAUCCCCAAGGACCUUCGGGUUGGUAGACCCUUGAUUCUCUGCCCUUCUGGUUUGGUUGAAAAUUGGAUCGACGAAAUCUGUAAAUGGGCGCCAAAAGACAUCUUGGGGACUAUCACCAAGAUUGACGCGUCGACGGUGCCACCCAGCGAGCGGGUUCUGCUCAUCAAAGAAUGGGCGCGGUCUCGAGGCGUACUAGUCAUGGGCUACGAAUUGUUCAGGUCUCUAGUCUCAGGAAACGAAGACAACGUGGCUGAACUGCUACACAGUUCUCCAUCGAUUGUGAUCUGCGACGAGGCUCAUCGGUUCAAGAAUAAGACUUCCAAGUUGUACGCUGUAGUCCAAGACUUCCACACCAUGAGCCGUAUUGCCACGACGGGAUCACCCUUGACCAGGAACGUAAUGGAUUACUAUUCCAUGAUCAACUGGGUAGCUCCCAACUACCUGAGUGAUGUGGGAGAGUUUAACCAGAAAUACGCCGAACCUAUCAGCUUGGGUCUACAUGCCGACAGCACCGACGCGCAAAAGAGGCUCGCCAGAGAACGCCUGCAAAUUCUCAAGGCCAUUGUCGCGCCGAAGGUGAAUAGGAAGGACAUUCAAGUCCUGGUCGACGAGCUUCCGCAGAAAAGGGAGUUCAUCCUCACCAUCCAGAUGACCAAGGUUCAGCGAGAUGCUUACCAAGAAUAUCUGGAGACUGCACAGCGGAACAAGGGAAAUGACCUUUAUCGCACCGCCUGCGUUUGGGGUCUCAUCGCCUCUCUAAAGCUGCUCUUGGCGCAUCCCAAAAUCUUCAGAAGCAAGAUGGAGGAACGCUUAAGUACCAAUCCAGCAUUGGUCAAGGGCAAACAGCGGAUAACAAACGAUGAAGACCCAGAGAGCGAUGAAGUUGAUGAACCACUGGAUUUGUCGCGGGACACGCUAAGGAAUGUUCUCGCCAAGGUGUCGAUCAGGGGCAUCGACGACAUUGUGCAUUCUACCAAAGUCACUGUGCUCUUGCAAAUCCUUAAGGAGUGCAAACAGAUCGGCGACAAGGUACUUGUCUUUUCUCAAAGCAUCCCAACCUUGAACUUUCUGCAGGAUCUGUUCAAGCUGAAGAAGAUCAAUUACAGAAAAUUAGAUGGAAAGACACCGGUCAGUCAACGCCAGGCUGCUGUCAAGGAGUUCAAUGCGGUUGAUUCACUCGAUGUCUAUCUGAUUUCUACCAGGGCUGGUGGUGUUGGUCUCAACAUUCCUGGGGCCAAUCGCGUAGUCCUCUUUGACUUUGGCUUCACUCCCGCGGAAGAGCAGCAGGCUGUCGGUAGAGCAUAUCGGAUUGGCCAAGAGAAGAAGGUGUUUGUUUAUCAUCUUAAGGUCGGCGGUACCUACGAGACCGCCAUUCACAAUCUGGCAAUCUUCAAGAGGCAGUUAUCGGAGCGGGUUGUGGAUAAGAAGAAGCCAAUCCCCACUUCAACCAGGAUGAGAGAGUACUUCAUUACACCCCCUGAGAACCUGGAGCAAAAGGAUCUGUCAGCUGUGAAGGGCCUUGAUCCAGCAGUCUUGGAUAAGGUCCUUGCAUCCGCCGAGUGCGGCAGUAUCAUCCGCGAAAUCGAUUCAACCGAGACUUUCGAAAGGGAGGAAGUGUAUGAGUUCACUGCAGAGCAACACCGAGAGUUGAACAAGCAGAUUGAGCUGGAAGAGCUUCGAAUCAACAACCCUGAGGAGUACUACAAGCGGCAGAUGCCAACAGGCUCGGGAUUUGCGCUGCCAUCCCUUCCACCCAAUCUUGUGGCCGCGUUGAAUCCCAUUCUCGGAACCAAUACGCACUACAAGGUGGCCGAAGCUGCGAGAAAGCCCGCUACCCUCAAAGCGCCUGAAAUUAUCCCCAAACCAAGGAAACCGGAGGAUACUACCCCAAAACUUCUCGAGGCUCUCGGCGAAGUACAUAGAAAGCUUCGGGAUGAGGGUUAUGACAUGUCCAUCCAUCCGCAAGAUCUGGUUAUGCAGAUCAAUUCGGAAUGUGAUCGCCAGGAUAUGGCCGCAGGAACGCUCCCUAGAAUGGAUAAACUGCGAAGCUUGUGCAAAGCGGUCACAGAGAGUACCAGGUUUGGAGAGGCUUUGCUCGCAGGAUACCUCACGCCGAAUGAGGCAGUAGCUAUGGGCAUGGCUCAGAUGAAGGCCAAGAUCGCCGAAUUUCAAACCAUGACAGACGACUGCUUUAAACAAGAGUUGUGGGCGCGUCACAAAGCCAGCCACGCCUCGAAAUCGACGGCCGACGUGACAGUCAAAACCGAGACAACAAAAAUGCGACCACCUCUUGCGGAAUCUGAUGCUAUAGACGGUAUAGCAAGAAGCAGCAGCACCAGCACGACCACCAAGGCCACUCCUAGCCGAACGUUGACGGAAGAGAUCGAACGGAAGAAGAAGAAGAAGAAGAAAAAGGAGGAAAGGAAAAAGCACAAGAGGAGACUUCAACCGGGUGGCACGGCCGACAUGCCCCUAGUGAUUGAUGACGACUGA